UGGAACCACAAUUGCAACAUCAUUUUCAUACUGCUCAAUUGGUUGUAGCAUCAUCAUAAAUGGAUCGCUUUCAACAUUGUCAGCUUCUUGACCAGAUGCAAACUGAACGACCAACACUGGGUGAUUCGAGGUUAUAGUGCAGAAAGUAUCAUUUGACAACGUAAAUGUUUCAUAGUUGUUUUCAAAUUCGUAUAAAACUUGAGUUGGAAGUGAGUUUGAGCAAUGUAUCUGAACAAUGGUGGACGGAGCACAAGACACUACAGUGUAAAUAUCUGGAGCUGUCCGCCCAUAGAGCGAAGCUGUCAGAAAGUGAGAACCCCAGAGUGCGGUGUUGGGAAGUUGCUCAACGAUGAAAUCACAGAACCCGACACCUACUGGGAUGUUUGUGCAUCUUUCACCAGAGAAAAAAGAUAUUGGCUUGUUCGAAACAACUCUAACUCCUGUCAAAUCGCUGCCAUUGGUGUACAGUGCUAUUUGUCACUUCAAAUGAGAGGGGCAGUUCAACAGUGACGGUAGCAUUAUCGUGGACAAUGCCCCUGAACUGAAAGCCAUCCAAAGUAUCAACAAAGAAAUAAACUGGUUCGGACUCCGUAGUGGAUAUCGACAACUUCAGGGAUUGAGUGAAAUGAUAAUUCCUGGGAAACGCAAGA